AUGAAUACAGGAAUUCUUGAAGUGCUUCUUGUUAAUGCUAAAGGAAUUAAGCACACAAACCUUGUUGGAAUACCUUCCUAUUAUGUUAUUAUUGAGUGUGGGUGUCAAUGUCAAAGAAGCAAAGUUUCAAAAGGGAAACAUAAGAAACCUUGGUGGAAUGAGAAAUUCAUAUUUGAUUUCUCAUCUUUGGAUUAUAAAAAUUCAACCUAUGUUAACUGCACAAUCAUGGACACAAAACCCUAUAGACAUGGUGGAUUUGUGGGUGAAGCCAAGGUUUACAUAGGUGGAUUAAUCACCGAAGGAAUUAAAGAAGGACAUAUAGAAAUAAAACCAACUCCAUAUAAUGUGGUCCUUGAAGAUCACACAUACCAAGGACAGAUAAAGAUUGGAUUAAAAUUCUUUGCAAAUAAAGAAAAUUAUGAGUAUGUGAAUGUGAUGGGGAAAGAAUUCAUUGCUCCCAAGAAAGAAACAAAUUCAAUUUUUGGAUCUUUUAUGAAGCUAUGGAGGACAAUAUCAUGGUGGAAAGGUCAGUUUGAUCCUGACUGGGGCAAUCUUGCUGAUUCCAUUGGCGUUGUUACUAACAAUCCUGCUGAAGAUGAUAACAACCUCCAGUAG